AUGGAUAUGCAACAGAUUAUCACUGCACUGGUGGAUGUGCAAAUCAGCCGAUAUCUGUCGUUGUCGAGCUAUGUUGCUCUUAUCUAUGAUCUGAUUUUGACCCUACCUACUGAGAUUGCGCUCAUUUGGAAUGGCCGAUGGUCGAUCGUUAAGAUUCUUUUUUUCAUCGUUCGUUAUACUGUACCAAUAGUAAUCACCAUCAAUCUUGUUCAACUUACUGGCUACUCUAACUUUGUUUCUGGAAAUCUCUCUACUGCAUUCUGCCAGCGUGUCAUCCUGGUUCUCAUCUAUUGGCAGCUCAUUGCGCUUGCCAUGGUGGACGUAAUCGUUUGCCUGCGCAUUUGCGCGAUCUGGCAGCGACGCAAAUCGGUGUUUAUCAUACUCGCUUUUCUGUGGUUCGUCACAUAUGCGAUCACGCUGAGCAUGACGAUCUGGAUUACGAAAACUGCGUUCAAUACCAUCGAGUACAUCCCGCAGAUCAACCUCUGCAGUGCUGCCCCGCCCGAGUAUCUGUGGACAGCUUGGCUCCCCGGAGUGGUAUUCGAAGGCGCCGUCUGUACACUCACCGCUAUCCGGACGUUCCAACAUUGGAGAUACGACGGCCUCCCGCUGAAGGAUGCGCUUGCUCAAGAUGGCCUUAUCUACUUCCUAUUCGGGUUCGCGACGCGGCUGUUUGAUCUGUUCAUCUGGGGCGGAGUGCACACAGUCACAUAUUGGGCGCUCCUGGGCGAACAGUUCUCCUUCGCCCUCACAGGCAUCGUAUGCUCUCGUCUUCUGCUCAACCUGCGCGGCGUUCGCACAGAAAAAGACUGGGCCGAGGCAACGGACGUCCUCUCGGUCGUCUCCUCUCCUACAGGCUCGCAGGAGACGCAUAAAUCCAAGUCGCAUAAGAACGAGAAGUCAGCUCCGUCCCACACGCUCUGGGUGGCCGACACCGGAGUUGGAUUGAGCUUCUUGGAGCAGAUCUAUGAGAAGGUGUAUAAUGCCGAGCUCAGGCCGACGUUUGCGUACAUCGAUGAGUAUGACGGAAGUCCAUAA